GGCGCAGCAGGCUAGGGCGCAGCAGGGCAGCAGGGACCAAGCGGCAGGAGAUGGGGACCCUGCGUCCCAGGCAGCUCCGGCCCCACCCCCCGCACCUGACAUGAGCCCUUGCGGGCCCCUCAACCUGAGCCUGGCGGGCGAGGCGACCACGUGUACAGCACCCGGGGCCUCCAACGCGUCCGCCGGACCGCUGUCGGACCUGGCGGGCGCGUCGCCCGCGCUGCCCAUCUUCUCCAUGACGCUGGGCGCCGUGUCCAACGUGCUGGCGAUGGCACUGCUGGCGCAGGCCGCGGGCCGUCUGCGGCGCCGCCGCUCGGCAGCCACCUUCCUGCUGUUCGUCGCCAGCCUGCUGGCCACCGACCUGGCGGGCCACGUGAUCCCGGGUGCGCUGGUGCUGCGCCUGUACGCGGCGGGGCGCUCGCCGGCCGGCGGCGCCUGCCACUUCCUGGGCGGAUGCAUGGUCUUCUUCGGCCUGUGCCCGCUGUUGCUGGGCUGCGGCAUGGCCGUGGAGCGCUGCGUGGGCGUCACGCGGCCGCUGCUGCACGCAGCCGGCGUCUCGGUGGCCCGCGCGCGGCUGGCGCUGGCCGCGCUGGUCGCCGUGGCCUUGGCCGUGGCGCUGCUGCCAUUGGCGCGCGUGGGCCGCUACGAGCUGCAGUACCCGGGUACGUGGUGCUUCAUCGGUCUGGGUCCGGCGGGAGGCUGGCGCCAGUCGUUGCUCGCCGGCCUUUUCGCCGGCCUCGGCUUGGCCUCGCUGCUCGUCGCGCUCGUGUGCAACACGCUCAGCGGCCUGGCCCUGCUGCGCGCCCGCUGGCGCCGCCGCUCUCGACGGCACUUCCCGGCUGGAGGCCCCGACAGCCGCCGUCACUGGGGAGGGAGCGGACCCCGCCAGGCCUCCGCCUCGUCCGCCUCGUCCGCCUCGUCCGUCGCUUCGGCCUCCGCCGCCCCCGGCGGCUCCCUGGGCCGUGGCUCAGCGCGGCGAGCCCGUGCCCACGACGUGGAGAUGGUGGGCCAGCUCGUAGGCAUCAUGGUGGUGUCGUGCAUCUGCUGGAGCCCCCUGCUGGUGUUGGUGGUGCUGGCCAUCGCGGGCUGGGGCUCCAGCUCCCUGCAGCGGCCGCUGUUUUUGGCCGUGCGCCUCGCCUCGUGGAACCAGAUUCUGGACCCCUGGGUGUACAUCUUGCUGCGCCGGGCUGUGCUUCACCAACUGCUUCGCCUCCUGCCUUCAAGGGCAGGUGCCAAGGGCAGCCCCACGGGGCUGGGCCUAAUGAGCGCUUGGGAGGCCAACUCGCUGCACAGCUCCCAGCACAGCGGCCUCAGUCACUUCUAGGGGCGCCCGGCGGCUAAGCCAGACCACCCGGGGCCGGCCUCUGGUCCGCAGCUCGGAGACUUCGGGGACUAAAACCUUUUUUGCGGACAAGCCCAGGGCGGUGCGUCCCGUCGUGGCUGCAGCACCUUCGCGGCCGCGCGGGGGCCGCAGAAGUGCUGUGUACCCCUCCGGGGUGUGCAGUUCCGGGACUAGUCACGCGGGGGCGCAGAGACGCAGAGCCGGAGGAGCAUGCGCACAACGCCGUGGCCGCAGUCUUGGGGCGGUGGCUCGGCUAGGAGCAGAGUGGGAGGGUUGGGGGGCGCUUUUCGCCCCUGCUGCCGUCAUGAGUGACUCCCGCAACCAUUCGCUCAUUGUGGCCCUGAGCUCCCCCACACAACCCCAAGUCCCUACCCCCCAAACUACGCCCCAUCACUGGCCUCUACCCCCGGAAGUCCCUCAACACAGCUCCGAGCCCCCUCCCAUGGCAGCCUGCCCAUGCUCCCCACCAUAAUAACAGCCCCGAGUCUCCACCAUCCCUUGGCCCCCUUCAAAUGAUCCCCCACCAUAAUCCAGGGCCUCUCCCCGUCACUCCCUACGCCGCCGGCCACGCAUCACAUCCCCUCCCAGCUCUCCCCACCUCCAAGCACGCCCCCCCCACCCCCAUUACUGUGCACAAGAAGGGACGGAGGAUGCAUGGAUAGAGCAAAUCCCAAAGGCCUUUUUAAAAACUACUGACAGCUCGGUGGGGGCAGAAGUGGGGGAGGGGGCUAGCAGCCCCCGGCCACAAAGUCGAAGUCCCGGAAGGCCGCCUGCUCUGUGGCCGUGAGGGGCCGAGCGUCGCGGGGUGGGCUCAGCGUGGGGGCCUCCCCUGUGAACUCCUCGUCGAAGUUGCUGACAUCAGUGCGGCCGGCCAGCGUGGGUACGAAAGGCGGCGGCAGGCGCCGGGCCAGCAGGGCAUCCCAGCCCAGUGUCUGCAGGGCAGAGAGGGGACAGGUCAGCAGGGGAGGCUCAGGGCAGAGCGCAGGAGGGGUUUGCUCCUUGCACCCUGUCUGGCCUUGGAUCUGUGGGGAUCAACAUAGGGAGUCACAAGAUAGAGGGGGGGAAAGUGUCUGAGUGGGGGGGAGGGGCCUGGGCUCAUACACAGGG